UAGACUAAUCAUUCUGGUUUGCUAAUGCUUAUCAGUAACAUUAAGGAAGUAAGCUGCUGCAAGCAAAAUAUUAAACUCGAUCUGUUUUGAGGAUGCUAGCAGCUGGAAUGGGUUGCCAGAGGUUUGCUGCAGCUACUUGUGGUCCUGACUUUCACAGCUGUGGGUACACAAGCAGAGUGCAACCAUCAAGAAACUGUUCAGAUGAUUUCCUGUGUUUCUCCUUACAUGGGGAGGUUGUUACCACUGGCCGGCGCUUCUUGUGACAAGGAGCUAAUCUCACAGGAUCUUUGCAAAGAUUUUAAGGAAAUCGUGGACUGCGUCACCAGAAAUAAUAUUUCAUCAACAUGCUUGGAGGUCGGUGUAUCCAAACAACUCAAGCAAUUUGGUUUCGGUUGUACCGUAAGUGAUUUCCAAGAAAAGUGCCGAAACACUUCUACCACUCAAGCAGGAGAUUUCGUGCAUUCGACAAAGCCAACUACUGAAGGACAAACCAACAACGCAGGUGUCGCCGCAGUGACACUUGACUAUCUCGCUCUGUUACCUGUCGCCACCCUCCUUCUCAUGUUUAUUGACAUUUAGCUUGUGUAGUUUAUGUUUUCUGUUAUGUUUUCAACAUCGUCUUUCUAUAUGCAUUUUUUCAGCUUUAUGUAUAUCAUUCUGUUGCUUGUCAAAGCAAUGCUAACACAUUUCUAGUCAAGGUAAGUUAAAGAACCAAACAACUAAAAAUAUAAUUUAAAAACUAAAUUUUUAUUACUUUGGUGUCAAGGAGGAAGAACAAGUACAAACUAAGCAUAUUUUUUUGAAUUAUUGCCUAUUUAGUAUUCCUCAUUUAUGAACAAUAUUACACAUGAAGUUAUUGUUCUUUCUUUCUAUUGGUUAAUCUUUAAUAGCAGUGUCAUAUCUCUCUUCAUGAAGAUAUUUUAUAUUAGAGUUUGAUGUCUUGCAGCUUUUAUUACUGUUACCUGUACAUCACGUUUAAUGUUUUUUUGAAUAUACUGUUGGUUAUGUGAUCGUGAUAAAGAUGGCUUUUGCUCAUGAUAUCAUUACAAAUAUUAUCUGGACUUCCUGUACUGAGAUUUUGCUAGCGAUGAGUGUGUCUUGUGUUCAAUAACUAUUUCUUUUAAUGUAAGCAAAAACCUAGAAACCUAGAUUCUAUGUCCCACUAUGUCGAAUUGUUAGCACGAAAGCUCAUAAUACCUGGCUGUCACAAGCUAUCAUCGUUUGAGCCACAAUGUAUGCUGAAAGUAAGAUAAACAGUCUUUUUUCAGUAAAAUCGUUGUUGUCAUUUAAUAUGCACCUACUUCCGAUGUAAACCAGCAAAGAAUCCCUAGGUAUGUCGGACGGACAAUGAAGUAGUGGUCACAGACAGUGUCAACAGUGCACAGUAUCUACAUCUAACGUCACGCCUGAACGCCUCAGGGGCAAGAACUCUGACAGGACUGUGUGUGCGGGUGUUCUUGUUUAUCUUCCUUACUAACAUCUCUCAUUAUCUCUUGCUUCGGCGUGGGGUAGUCCUGUGUUUUCUCGUGGGCAUAUGUAUAUAUGUUUUUUUUUUUUUUUUAAUUUUUUAUCUACACAUGAUUAAACUUUUUAUCAAAAC